AUGAAGGAAACAGACCUAGUGGAAGUAUGCAAGGUUCCAGCUGAUGAUACAGAAUCUUCCGAGGAGGAAGCGAGGGAAGAAGAGCACGUGCAAGAGAAGAAAGACCUAAUUUACCUGCCAUUCGAUAACCAUCUCACAAUUACACAGUUUGCCCUCAACACAGAGCGCAGCAGAGAGCUCCUAGAGUCAGUGGUCGGUAUUGAAGAUACGACAGUCAAGCGCAUUCCCAUCGACUGGUACAAGACGGCGAAAUUUCUGGAUAAUGCAGCCAAACUGACCGAGGUCUUGCAGACCAAAGAGUACAGUGACUACAUAAAGAGAAUUUGUAUGGAUAUCGAAAUGACGAUUCGCGAUUUACGCGAUCAGUAA